UAGGUUUGAAACACUCUGAGUCUGAUUGUCUCUCUUGAAUUUGCAUUUUUAAACUUGGUUUUCUUGUUUGUUUUUUCAGUGGCUGUGCACUCCUUUUGUUCUGGCUAACGAUGUUUAUGCCGACAUCAGUCAAACGGCAUUCAACCACACAAACCGGGCACCGUGGAUUGGCCAGCUCGAGUAUCGUGAUAUGUGGACAUGGAUUGAUAAUUUCCUUGCCAUGGUAGGAUGGAGUGAUUAGAGUUUUAGAUAAGAGAAAGUGAGCGCCAAUUUAAAAAUACUGGAUGUUGAACUAUUUGUCAUGAGUCAAAGUAAAAGUUGUAAAAUUAAAUUUCGUUCCCCUUAACUUGUGAAUCCUAUUUUCAUAGAGCGCCGGGAAUUUGGCUUUCCAGGAUUUCCACCAACGGACUCUUUCCUCCAGCUCCACGUCGACAGCAAAAAUCAUCUGUUUCGUUGCUGCAGGUGUCGUCCUUAUUCUUGCAAUUCCACCUGUGCUGGUCGGGGCAGUUGCAGCUUCUACAGGUAAACCUGACGAAUGUUAUUUAUUUAUAGUAACUCGAUAACUUGCAUCUUUUUCCUGCAUUUCAGAUUGGAAUUUGACCUCAUAUGGGUUACCCUCUCCUUAUGAUCGAGGGGAGUCAGCGAUGGUAUUUCCCAUCAUCCUCCUGCACUUGACCCCGACUGCUGUUUUUGUCAUUGGCAUGGGAGCGAUAGCCGGGGCCGCGAUGUCCUCUACAGACUCUUAUUUGUUAGCUGCAUCUUCCAUCUUCACCACCAACAUUUACAAGCUCAUCAGACCACAGGUACGAUGACAAUGCCUCCCAAAUCAGCAAGCUGUGCCAGCAUAGGCAAGAAAGACAGUACUUAUCAAGAUAAGAAGUGAAUUUCAUGAGUCCAUACAGAUAAAAAUUGAGAAAGAACUUUUUCCAAGUUAGUCUCCGGCAGUAGCAGUAAGUCCCCCAUCAUCACUCCAAGUUCUCAGACUCUUAAAACUGUUGUCCUCUUUCUUUCCAGGCAUCAGACAGAGAGCUGCAGUGGGUGAUCCGCUCCUCCAUAGUGAUCAUUGGCAUUGUGGGUACUUCUUUCACCUACCUGGACAGCAGCAUCUUGGUCUUCUGGAUCCUCAGCUCAGACCUGACUUACACCAUCAUGCUCCCCCAGCUCAUUUGCAUCCUUUUCAUCAGGGUCUCCAACCCUUAUGGUGCUGUCAUCGGCUACAUCAUCGCGUUUGUCCUGAGAGCUUUGUGCGGAGAGCCCGUGUUAAAUCUUCCUGCCAUACUACAUUUCCCAGGAUGCACUUUGGAGGACGGUGUUUACAUUCAGCGAUCACCUUUUAAGACUAUCUGCAUGCUGGUCUCUCUUGUCUCCAUUGUGGGGUUUUCCUAUUUGGCUUCGAUCCUCUUCGAAAAGGAGAUUCUUCCUGAGAGGUGGGACGUGUUUAAGGUGAAAUCAAACGGAGCGUCUGCAGAGGGCGCCAGAGAGCUAAGGGACGGGGAAAAAGCUAAAAAUGAAAAUAAAUUGAUGCUUGACACCAAAUGCUAAAUUUACAUUCCAAGAGAAAUAAUCUGCUUACAUUUUUGCUGCCAGUUUUUAUUUGAAUCAGUUCAGUAUUAAUCAAAGAAUCUGAGUCUUUUUUAUACAGAGUGAUUUAUGUGGUUUAGCUCAAAUGCCUAGUUUGUGUGACAGUCUGUACCAUGGCAAAAUGUUAAUCUGCAUUAUUAUGAUUUAUUAUUUAGGGGGACGUUAACAUUGCUUUAUAUGAAAAGCCUGCAGUGAUAUUAUUUCAAAAUGUCAUUAAAGCGAGAGUCGUGUUUAUACAUCUCUAUGACAAUCCAAAGCAAACAGGACCUUCAGCAACACAACUGUCAGCUUUAAUACCCAGAUUUUUAAUGUUGCAGGGGG